GGGAGAGCGGAUAUAGUGAAUGCAGGGUCCGGGGAGAGCGGAUAUAGUGAAUGCGUGGUCCGGGGAGAGCGGAUAUAGUGAAUGCAGGGUCUGGGGAGACCAGAUAUACGAAUGCGGGGUCCGGGGAGAGCGAAUAUAGUGAAUGCGGGGUCCGGGGAGAGCGGAUAUAGUGAAUGCGGGGUCCGGGGAGAGCGGAUAUAGUGAAUGCGGGGUCCGGGGAGAGCGGAUGUAGUGAAUGCGGGGUCCGGGGAGAGCGGAUAUAGUGAAUGCCGGGUCCGG